CUCAGGAUCAACUGAGAGUGCAGAAAUAAAACCCAAGAAGAUACAUCAUAAAAGAAAAAGUCACAGUAACAAUGUACAUAACACUACCAUGUCACAGAUUCAGCUGAAUAGCCACAAAGGUAAAGGGGUUUUUAAGUGUGACUAUUGUGGAAAAGCUUUUAAGUAUAUUUCCCAAUUGAAUAGACACCUGACAAUCCACACAGGUGAGAAGCCGUAUUCAUGUAACUCUUGUGAAAAAAGAUUCUCAUUGCUGGGCACAUUAAAAGAGCAUAUGAGAGUCCACACAGGUGAGAAGCUGUACCCAUGUAACACCUGUGUGAAAAGAUUCUCUCACCUGAGGGCAUUGAAAGUGCAUUUGAGAAUCCACACAGGUGAGAAGCCGUACCCAUGUAACACCUGUGAAAAAAGAUUCUCUGAGCUGGGCGCACUAAAACGGCAUAUGAGAGUCCACACAGGUGAGAAGCCGUACCCAUGUAACACUUGUGAGAAAAUGUUCUCUGAUCUGAGCGCACUAAAACGACAUAUGAGAGUCCACACAGGUGAGAAACCGUACCCAUGUAACACUUGUGAAAAAAGAUUCACUGAGCUUGGCGCACUAAAACGGCAUAUGAGAGUCCACACAGGUGAGAAGCCGUACACAUGUAACACUUGUGAGAAAAGCUUCGCUGAUAUGUGCGCAUUAAAACGACAUAUGAGAGUCUACACAGGUAAGAAGCUCGUCUCUCACAACUCUCAUGUAGUUGAGAGCCAAGAUCACAAAGGAAGCAAACAUGAAGACUCAGGAUCAACUGGAAAUGCAGAGACAAAACCCAAGAAGAGACAUCAAAACACGUCAAAGACUCACAGUUAUAUUUAUACAGGGAAAAAGUCUUUAAAAAACAAUACUUGUGGGAAAGCUUUUAAGUGCAAGUCCUAUUUGAACAAACACCUGACAGUCCAUGCAAGUGAGAAGUCGUAUAACUGUGAAACCUGUGGAAAAGGAUUCAGUCGAAUGUCAGACUUCAAAAAGCACAUGAGAAUCCACACAGGAGAGAAGCCGUACCCAUGUAACACUUGUGAGAAAAGAUUCUCUCGGCGGGAUAUAUUACAAACACAUAUGAGAGUCCACACAGGUGAGAAGCCGUACCCAUGUAACACCUGUGAGAAAAGAUUCUCUGAGCUGGGCAACUUAAAACGACAUAUGAGAACACACACAGGCAAGAAGCCAUACUCAUGUAACACUUGUGAGAAAAGAUUCUCUGAACUGGGCACAUUAAAACAGCAUAUGAGAGUCCACACAGGUGAGAAGCCGUACAGUUGCAAAACUUGUGGAAAAGAUUUCACACGUGGAGAUCAUUUGAAGAUCCACAUGAGAACACACAGUGGGAAAAGAUUGUCAGAUGUCAGACUUGAAAAGACACAUUAGAAUUCUCCAGAUGAGAAGCCAUAUCAUUGGAAAACAUGAGGGAGAGCUUUGUGUUGACUUGACAAUCUACAUGAGAACCUGCUGCAACACAGAGAAGAUUCUGUCAUGUGUGAAGUGGAGAAGCAUAUAAGAUUACCACACAUGCCUGUAGCCUUG